AUGGUUAAACUGACAGUGAAUCGAUUACAAGUAACGAAGGUCAGAAGGUUUGCAAGUAGAGUUGUCAUUUUCUUACAAAAUUACAAAAAUUGCAAAAUAAGAAUGGCGGAGGGCAAUGGAGAGAUCCCUGUUGAAGAGGUCCCUGGAAAGGACUCUGAUGCUGGCCGUACACCAGACUACCACAAACUCAUUGAAUAUGGCUUGGAUCCUAAGGUGGCAGCCAAGCUUGAUGAUAUUUAUAAGACUGGAAAGCUAGCGCAUGCUGAGUUGGACGAGCGUGCGUUAGAUGCCUUAAAAGAAUUUCCAUCCGACGGUGCUUUAAGUGUUCUUGGACAAUUUUUAGAUUCAAAUCUUGAGCAUGUAUCUAAUAAAAGUGCUUAUUUAUGUGGAGUCAUGAAAACCUAUAGACAGAAAAGCAGGGCGGGCGUGCAAGGCGCGCCCGCGCUGUCUGCCGCUGUCCAGGUCAAGGGCCCCGAUGAAGAGAAAAUUAAACAAAUCCUGGCCAGGACUGGCUACUCAUUAGAUGUGACCACAGGUCAACGUAAGUAUGGCGGGCCCCCGCCCGGGUGGGAAGGUGGCACACCAGGCGCCGGCUGCGAGGUGUUUUGCGGCAAGAUCCCCAAGGAUAUGUAUGAGGACGAGUUGAUCCCGUUGUUUGAAAGAUGCGGGACCAUCUGGGAUCUCCGCCUCAUGAUGGAUCCCAUGACGGGCACCAAUCGCGGCUACGCUUUCGUUACCUUCACCACUCGGGAGGCCACGCAACGGGCCGUGCAAGAGCUCGAUAAUCACGAAAUAAAACCUGGGAAGACUCUGAGAAUUAAGAUUAGCGUACCGAAUCUGCGACUUUUCGUCGGCAACAUUCCCAAGUCUAAAGGCAAAGAGGAGAUACUGGAAGAGUUUGGUAAAUUAACAGCUGGACUCGUAGACGUAAUAAUAUAUAGUUCGCCCGAUGACAAGAAGAAAAAUAGAGGAUUUUGUUUUUUGGAAUAUGAAUCACACAAAGCGGCGUCGUUAGCUAAGCGUAGACUCGGAACUGGUAGGAUAAAGGUUUGGGGCUGUGAUAUUAUAGUCGAUUGGGCAGACCCUCAAGAAGAGCCCGAUGAGCAGACAAUGAGCAAAGUGAAGGUGUUAUAUGUACGGAAUCUUACUCAAGAAAUCACUGAAGAGGCGCUCAAGGAAGAGUUUGAACGUUAUGGAACUGUGGAACGUGUUAAGAAAAUCAAGGAUUACGCUUUUGUCCAUUUUGAGGACCGGGAUUGUGCUGUUAAGGCGAUGCAAGAGCUUGACGGUAAGGAAAUGGGUGGUGCGCGGUUAGAAGUAUCUCUUGCAAAACCUCCCUCCGAUAAAAAGAAGAAAGAAGAGAUAUUGCGCGCGCGUGAACGUCGUAUGACACAGAUGAUCUAUGGCCGCGGAGGAUUUGAUUGGUGCAGCUGCUCGCCGGUUCACGGCGCGCUGCGUGGCCGCACGCCGCAGCCACAGCCGCGGCCGCCCGCCGCGCGCGGCGACUACGAUUAUGAUUACGACUAUUACGGGUACGGGGAUUACCGAGGUGGCUACAAUGAGCCAUUUUACCGGUACGAUGAGUUCUAUUUUGAUUACGCGGGGCCACCGCAACCGUCCGCCGUCCGCCAGCCUCCCAACAGAGCGCAACCGGGGGGGUCAUGUGGGACGGGCGCGCGAUGGGGGCGGCGCGCGGCGGCGGGCGCGGCUGGGGCCCGUGGUGGUGCGCGACGCGCCGCUCGUGGCCGCCGCACGCCCAGCGCCAUCCGUGGCAACCCGCGCGCCAAGCCAAGUUUACCAGGUAAACGUAAACUCGACGGGGGUCACCAGAACCAAGGGGGGGAGACAAAGCGACGCUUGGGCGCGGCGGCGGCGGCGGCGUGCGGCUGGGGCGGCGCGCUGCAGGUCGGCGGGCCGCUGCCGCAGCAGCCGCUAGCCAGCUAG